CGAGCGGACACCCGCCGGUGAAAGAAGGAACAACUCAGCCACACUUCGCGUUUUUUUUUUUUUGGGGGGGGGGCUAUUGCUUUUUCAGAAUCAUGGCGCCAUCGCUAUGGAAGGGGCUAGUAGGCAUCGGCCUCUUUGCCCUAGCCCACGCCGCCUUUUCUGCUGCGCAGCAUCGUUCUUACAUGCGAUUAACAGAAAAAGAAGAUGAAUCACUGCCAAUAGAUAUAGUUCUUCAGACGCUUCUGGCCUUUGCAGUUACCUGUUAUGGUAUAGUUCAUAUUGCAGGGGAGUUUAAAGACAUGGAUGCCACUUCAGAACUAAAAAAUAAGACAUUUGAUACCUUAAGGAAUCAUCCAUCAUUUUAUGUAUUUAAUCAUCGUGGUCGAGUACUGUUCCGGCCUUCGGAGACAACAAAUUCUUCAAACCAGGAGGCAUUGUCUUCUAACACAUCAUUGAAGUUACGAAAACUCGAAUCACUGCGUCGCUAAGGUUUU